AUGGAUCAUGGCGCCUAUACCAUUGGCUGGAUUUGCGCUCUGCCAAAGGAGAUGACAGCGGCAAUAGCAAUGCUUGAUGCCACACACGACAGCCUACCCCAGCCGAGAUCGGACUCCAACAACUAUUUCUUGGGAAGUAUAGGAGAUUUCCACAUCGUUGUUGCCAGCUUGCCAACUGGGGAGAUCGGGGGCAAUCCAGCCGCUGCCGUUGCCACCAGAAUGCUCGCCACCUUCCCCAAUUUGAAAAUGGGGCUGAUGGUAGGCAUUGGCGGCGGUGUCCCAAGCAAAGAUCACGACAUAAGACUUGGUGAUGUUGUCGUCAGCAUACCGGCCAAUGGAUUUGGCGGCGUGGUACAGCAUGAUAUGGGAAAGAAUACCAAAGACGGCGGCUGGUUGAGAACUGGGUCACUAAAUGGGCCACCACCAGUACUGAGGACAACAAUCUCGAAGUUGAUAUCCCUACACCAGCUCCAGGGUAACAAGAUUGGGUACUACCUAUCGCAAAUGGUAGAACGCCACCCUAAUCUGUCCCCCCAGUUCACUCGUCAAGAUAGCUUCUCUGACACGCUGUACGAGCCGGAGCCUGAAGAUCCGGAGGCAUUCGAAUCGUGGAAGGAGGUAAUCAAGAGUGGUCGACUACGAGAUACUAUCAGUGCCCAUCAUGGUGGAGUAUUAUGCUUUGAAAUGGAAGCUGCCGGGUUGAUGAACGAGCUUCCAUGUGUUGUGAUACGAGGCAUAUGCGAUUACGCAGAUGCACACAAGAACAAGUUAUGGCAGGAAUAUGCUGCAGCAGUCGCCGCAGCAUACGCAAAGGAACUUGUCACUGCAUUGCCUAGGACCAUUGCUGAAAAGCAGCCCCAGACACUGGCGGUAUCACCCGUUGUCUUGGAUAACGUCGGUAACAUGCCAAGCCAGCCAAGAGUCACAGAACCUCACUGGAUUGUGCCUUUCUCCCGAAAUAAACAAUUCGUUGGAAGAGAGCAGGAGCUUUCUACCCUACGACAGUGGUCAUCGUCGAAAGAUGUUUGCCACAAUAUGGCAAUAUUCGGGCUUGGUGGCGUCGGCAAAACUCAGAUUGCUCUCGAGUUCGCGUUUCGCACAAAGCAGGAACAUCCAAACAGCUCAAUCUUCUGGGUUCCGGCUACUGACCUACUGGCAUUUGAGCAAGCCUACAAGCGAAUUGGUCAGGCGCUUCAUGUGCCGGGCAUUGAUGCGAAAGGAGCGGACGUGAAGCAACUCGUGUGCGAUGCAUUGAGCGAUAGCGAGAGAACAGACCCAUGGCUUCUCAUAAUUGACAACGCGGACGACAUCAACGUUAUCUUCCGACAGCCAACCGACAGCGAACCAAUAUCCCCAGCCUUGAUAGACUAUAUCCCAUCCAGUCUGUACGGCUCCACAAUUCUUACUACGCGAAAUCGCAGAGUAGCUGUCAAGCAGGCCGCAAGCAAUAUCAUCUCUUUGGAAAUCAUGGGCCAAGACGAUGCCUACAAGUUAUUCGAGAAGUCUCUGUUGCGACGAGACAUACUUUCCAAAGCAGAAUCUGCCAGGCAUCUCCUUAGUCUCCUUGGAUACCUACCUCUGGCAAUCAUUCAGGCGGUGGCAUACAUCAACGAGAAUGACACAACUAUUGAGGAAUACACAGAUCUGUACAACGACAGCGAAAUUGGAGUUAUGGAAGUUUUGAUGGAGGAUUUUGAGGUUCAUGGCAGAUACAAGACGACCAAAAACUCAAUAGCCACAACAUGGCUGGUCUCCUUCAGUCAACUCACCCACGCCAAUCCGGUAGCGAUUGAGUAUCUUUCUUUUAUGGCAUGUAUAUGCAACGAUAACAUCCCCCAAUCUCUUCUUCUACCAGCGUCUUCUAAGAAAAAAGAUCUGGAGGCAAUUGGCGCACUCAAAGCAUACUCAUUUAUUAGAAAACGAGAAGACGGGUCUAGUUUCGACAUACACCCGCUCGUACACUUGGCGAUGAGAAACUGGCUAAGAAGCGAGAAAACAUUACAGCAGUGGACUAGCAGCGUCAUCCUACGGAUUGUUAAGCUUCUUCCAGAUGGUGGGCAUAAGGACAGAUCGACCUGGACCCAAUACCUACCUCACGCGAAGUACCUCCUAAAUUCAGCUGGGGUUGCUGUGGAUGGUGACAUUCAGGUUGUCGUGCUAGCAGAAAAGUUGGGAAAAUGCCUUUACAGUAAUGGCGAGUACAGCGAAGCAGGUGAAGUAUUUGAGCAGGCUGUAGAGCUACGGAUAAAAGCGUCAGGAAUCGAAAAUCGCGAUACUCUACGCAACAUGUUUGGCAUGGCCGAAGCUUUGAAUCACCAGGGCAAGCAUAGACAAGCUGAGAUUCAGCAUCGAAAGGUCCUGGAACUUCGGAAAACAGUUCUUGGCCCGAAGGAUCCCGAAGUUGGGAGAAGCAUGAACUACCUCGCGCAAGCGAUGUACGGUGACGGCAGGUACGCUCAAGCAGAGCAGGUGCAUCGAGACGCACACGCACUGCAGAACGAAGUACUGCACUCUGAGCAUCCAAACAUCCUCACGACCACCGGUUAUCUUGCUCAGACACUAGGCAAACAGGGGAAAUACGAAGAAGCCGAGACGAUGCAUAGAAGCCUACUAGAGACCAAGCUAAGAGUAAUGGGAGAAAGAAACCCAGCUACCCUGGCGACCAUGAGUUGUUUGGGCGUUGCGCAAAGCGACCUAGGAAGAUAUGCGGAUGCAGAAAAGACCCAUAGACGAGUGCUCUCUCUCCGCGUAGAAAUCUUGGGAGAUCGCCAUCCGCACACAUGCCUCACCAAAAGGUGGUUAGCCGAUGCGCUUCGCCAACAAGGAAAACACGCAGAGGCAUAUAGCCUGAACCAGGAAACUCUCAAGCUGCAAACAAGAAUGCUAGGAGCGAAACAUCCAAACACGAUUCUCACUCUCGGGACCCUAGGCGACAUUCUCUUCUCUCAAGGGCAGACUGAUCGAGCGGAGAAAGUCUAUCGCCAAGCACUGGCUUUACAAAUCCAGAUUCUUGGUUCAGAACACCCAGAGACUUUGGGAGGCAUGGAAAGGUUAGCAAAUACCAUGCAGAAACAAGGACGAGCGGAGGAAGCAAAGGAGCUAUUUGGCAAGGUUUUCGAGGCCAGAUUCAGGAUCUUAGGACCGCAACACCCAAGCACCUUGGCGACCCUUUGCCAGGUCACAUUGGGGCAAGACCUGUGA